CAUCCAGAUCAGGGCAGCGGGUUUUUAGGGGCUGGAAUAAAGUUGUGCCAACGUGAAAAGCAAAUUUCUAUGACUGGUUCCUACCUGUCAGAGUACUGUGGCAGGAAAGGUUAUGGAUGCCCGUGUUUUUCUGUGGCCUGCUCGUUUUGCCCCCAUGGAUCUCAUAGGAUGGCUGAUAAUUUCCCCCCCUUGAAGUUGGCACCCCACCCUCCAGCCUGAGAUGACUUCAGAAGGAAAGUCAGCCUCUAGCAAGCUGUCCAAGUAAACGGUGCGCCCUGGAACAAUGUGCUCUCUGUUUGGACUUGAUGCAGUAAAGGCAUGCGCGUGCACAAAAGCAGAUUGCGGUGUACUUUCCACUGUGGGCAGGAUCAGUUAUGUGAGCAAGACAUAAAGUUUGGGAGCUGCCCUUCAGGCUAAUAUGGGAUCAUAAAAAACAAAAAUAAAUAAAGCCGUCAGAAGUCAGCUGAAGAAUCAAGGUCAUCUUUUCAGGAAGUGGAGCCGUGGCUAAUCCAAGGGCAUAACCACAAGUCCAAGGGCCAAACGGAAGCCAGGACCCUCAAAGUUGACCAGACAUGCAGAAAUAAGUGAUCUAACCUAUGCAGAACCGAAUCAAAAGGGCUUUUUGUACAGGAAACAGGGCUGCACAGGACAUUCAGGUUCUGAAAGGAGGGUUUGGGGCUGUAAACUAUGUAGCCACUGGUGGUGAACAUGGCUGCGGGAAGCCAGCAGCACCAAAAGCCCAGGAGGAGGGGGAUGAGGCCACUGGAGACCGAAGAGCCGCUUGAAUGUGUGGGCCGGCAGCUGACUGAGCCAGGGAAGUUUGCUUAUGCGGCUCUCUGUGCCAUAUCGCUGGCGUCGCUGUUUCCCGAACCAGAAGACAGCCCCUACAGGACAGAAGUCAUCAGGAGCCUUGUCCAGUGGUUGGAGCUCUCGGAAGCCGUCUUGCCUGCCAUGCUGGCACUUGCAGGUGGCUUGGGAGGCGAGGGGACAGACACUUUUGUCCAGAUCCUCUUGAGGGAGCCUGCCUUGAAUGAGAACCCUGAGGUCAUCACGCAGGAUCUUGUGGCCUUUUCUCUGAAGGAGGGCAGCUACGACGCCCGGGCGCGGGUGCUCCUUGCUCAUGUCACGCGUCUGCUGCAGAUUCCUGUGGUGGAGCUGGAGGCCUCAGAGGACCUUCUCCUGGAAUACCUGAAUGAAGAAGUAGAAGAAGAAUCUGAAACGGCAGAGGCAUCACGGAAGAAGAAGGAGAGACGGAAACGGCUAAAGAGGUACCUGCUGAUUGGCUUGGCCACUGUCGGAGGUGGAACAGUGAUAGGGCUGACUGGGGGGCUUGCUGCCCCUCUGGUGGCGGCCGGAGCAGCAACCAUUAUCGGAAGUGCUGGGGCGGCCGCUCUGGGCUCAGUGGCUGGGAUUGCGGUCAUGGCGUCUCUGUUUGGUGCUGCUGGAGCCGGACUCACAGGGUACAAGAUGAAGAAGCGCGUCGGGGCAAUUGAAGAGUUUGAGUUCCUCCCGUUAACGGAAGGGAAGCAGCUCCACGUCACCGUGGCUGUCACUGGCUGGCUGUCCACGGGGAAGUUCGGGAGUUUUACAGCUCCUUGGACCAGCUUGCUGCGUUCCAAAGAACAAUACUGCCUAGCCUGGGAGUCCAAAUACCUCAUGGAACUGGGCAACACCCUCGACUCUCUGUUGAAUGGAUUAGUCAACAUGGUGGCCCAGGAAGCCCUGAAAUACACGGUCUUGGCAGGUAUUGUCACAGCCCUCACCUGGCCGGCUUCGCUGCUCACCGCUGCCAGUGUGAUCGACAACCCCUGGGGAGUGUGUUUGCAUCGCUCGGCUGAAGUAGGAAAGCACCUGGCUCAGAUUCUGCUCAGCCGGCAGCAGGGCAGGCGACCUGUGACUUUGAUUGGCUUCAGCCUGGGUGCCAGAGUGAUCUACUUCUGCCUCCAGGAGAUGGCCAAGGAGAAAGACUGUAAAGGGAUCAUUGAAGAUGUGGUCUUGCUGGGGGCACCCGUAGAAGGAGAAGCCAAGUCCUGGAAGCCGUUCACCAAGGUGGUUGCGGGCAAAAUCAUCAAUGGCUAUUGCAGAGGGGACUGGUUGCUCAGUUUUGUCUACCGGACGUCCUCCAUUCAACUCAACAUCGCGGGGCUCCAGCCAGUGAACCUGGAGGACAGGAGGAUGGUGAAUGUGGAUCUCUCUUCCGUGGUGAGUGGCCACUUGGACUACAUGAGGCAGAUGGACACAAUCCUAAAGGCUGUGGGCGUCAAAACCAAGGAAUUCUGCCCGGAGAAAGAGGGAACUCUCACUGGUCUUUCCACCAAGGUCUCAGAAAGUCCGGAGCUGGCACAGCACAACGACGCUCCCGCAGAGUUGCUGGCACAAGAGGAGGCUGAGGAUGUUGUGCAGGAUGCCCGCUGGUUAUGGGAUCCAGUUUCGAAUUGUGACUUAGGUCCGCAGGACUCGUCACCAGGGCUGGAUGCUGAACUAAGAGAGAACUCACAAGCCCAAGAGCAGCAGAACCAACUUGGGGGAGAAAAACCUUUCCUCACUGACACUUCAUGCUCUUCUGAUCAUUCUCAGAUAACUGGUCAGGUUGCCUGCGCUACCCAUCCUCUUUCCCCAUCAUCCAGAUAACAUUUGAUACAGCCACAGCAUGAUGGUAACUGUAGUCUUGGCAUGGACUGUUCCAAACAGCAAUUCAUUGCCACCACAUUGCAGAAACUUCCGGAAUGCCUUGCCUGGGGCAUGAUAACACAUUUUUGUGCAGGAUCAGGUCACCUGCUUAGGUUGGCCUUCCACCCCCAGCAGUUUGCUGAUUCUGAGAAGGUUGUGAAGCGGGUCAGGAUGUGGCCACCAUCCCCUGGAAAUGAGAAGCGUCUUGCACCUGAACCUAAGGGCUCCACAGUCCACGACUGCGCUUAAUCCGUUAAAAAGUAAUUUCAGCCUACUGGUUAUUGCCAUAACUUAUGGCAGUCAAUUCCAUAAGUUAAUUGCAUAUUCUGUACUUUUGUCAAUGCCAAAACUUCUGUAAGGCAGCUACAUUGGAUGUCUGAAUUAUACUAUUAAUAGAGACAGAGGGGGAAA